UGUGAAAUCAAACACGGUCAGUAAAUACAGUCGCGCGGUGCUGUCAUUGGUCUGUGUGCUGUCCUGCCGAAAUUAUGAGGGGAACAUGAGGUGUCCUCUAACAUCGUACUGCUGCCAUGCACUCAUAAGAGAUCAUCAGAAAAAGCAGAUUCUGCCGAGGAACUCGGUGCACACAAAAGUGCGCACAAGUAAGUUGUCAUCCAUCCACAUCAAUGUCAUGAAAUGCUCUUCUCCCCAAUGCACCAGCUGUGUUUGUGACACACGACCUGGGCAGGAAUGGUGGGAUAUGAUCCUAACGCCCCCAGUUCGGCUCUUACCCCGGAGGAAGCUGCCCUGGCCGGGUCAGCGGCAGGCAUGGUCACCCGUGCCCUCAUCAGCCCUCUGGAUGUCAUCAAAAUCAGGUUUCAGUUGCAGAUCGAGCAGGUGUCCUGGAGGAAUCAGCAGGGGAAGUACUGGGGUUUAUGGCAGGCCACACGCUGCAUUCUGACCGAGGAAGGACUUCCUGCUUUCUGGAAAGGACACAUUCCUGCCCAGCUGCUGUCUGUGUGUUAUGGGGCAGUUCAGUUUGCGAGUUUCGAGGCCUUGACAGAGCUGGUCCAUAAGAAAACCCCCUAUAACAGCCAGACCCCAGGAGUUCAUUUCUUCUGUGGCGGUUUAGCCGCCUGCUCCGCCACUGUUGCCUGCCAGCCGCUGGAUACCCUCCGCACACGCUUCGCUGCCCAGGGCGAACCCAAGGUGUAUCGUAACCUCAGACAUGCGGUCGGCACAAUGUUUCGCUCUGAGGGGCCCUUCACCUUCUACAGGGGCCUCACACCCACGCUUGUGGCGGUGUUUCCUUACGCAGGCCUGCAGUUUUUCUUUUAUAAUAUCCUGAGGAAACUUCUGGCGCACCAGGACGCCAAAUCUAAAGGAGGUUUACACAGUCUCAUCAGUGGCAGUUGCGCUGGAGUCAUCAGUAAAACUCUCACAUAUCCUUUCGACCUGAUUAAAAAGAGACUUCAAGUGGGUGGAUUUGAAGUGGCCAGGAUGCAGUUUGGACAGGUGCGGACAUAUCAUGGGUUUGUAGACUGUGUGAUGAGGAUCGGCAGAGAGGAAGGUCUACGGGGUUACUUUAAGGGACUCUCUCCUAGUCUCCUGAAGGCCGCUUUCUCCACAGGCUUCACCUUCUUCUGGUACGAGUUCUUCAUCAAUGCCAUUGUGAGCCUCAAGAGCAGUUAGUUAGCAAACAGACAGACCUCCUUGAGAGACAUUUUAGAUCAUCAGAUCCGAUGGAACUCAACGUGUUUUACGGUGUGUACUGUAGAUGUAUUAGGAUGUGCAGUGAAGAUGAACCAGGAGCUGCUCUCAGAAUUACAGGCACCGAGUCAGGAGCUGUUUUAUCACACUAGAAAGAUAUUUUUACCUCUGACUUGCUCCACUAAAGCCUAAACCGAACAAUCAGCUGAAAUGUUCUCCAUUUACACGUAAUGGUGAGCUCUACCUCUUGUCUCUCUCGACUGGAGACUAGAAAACCAUUGUUAAUAAUUUGUAAUAAUGUCUGUGUAUUUUGUUUGCACUCUGCAUGAGGGUCUAUUUUAUUGUUUGUUUGUUUUUAAACAUAACACUGGAAAUCAGAAUGUUUUAACUUAUAGUUUUUACUGUUUUGCAUUUAAAAACCACAUACCAAGAAUGGUGCAUAAAAUAUUAAAUAGUCUGGUUACAAAUAGUUUUAUUUCAUGUGUUUUAUGUCAUUAAGGUUUUCAAAUGGUGAAUGGUCAAAAUAUUUUAUGGAUGAAUUUGAAGAAAAAUGGUUCCAUUCAGAUUUUAUGUACCAUAUUAAGAUCGUUUGGAAGAGUUUGAAUCUCCAUGUUUCCUGUUACUCUGGCUUUAUUUAUGCCCAUAUAUCUUUUUAUUGCACUUCCUUUCUGACAAUAGUAAAACCAACUCAUGUAAGGUUCAUAUUAGUGGUUGUGCUUGACAUCUGUGUACUCCUGUGUAAAACACAUAUUUGUCAUAUUAGGGCAAAUAAAUGGGUGACAAUAAAAAUAAAAAACAACUAUUUUUAUAAUAAAAGUAUUUUAUUCUGGUUA